CUCCUGGUUGAAAACAAAGUCCCACGUGACCGGCGGGCGCCCGCGGCAACAUGGCGUCUCCCAGGAGCGGCGGUCGGUCGGGGCCUAGUUGGCGGAGGCCCGGCGGCGGCAUCAGUAUUAAGGCUCCCGCCGUGGCCUGCGCUGUCGCUGAAGGAGCGGAAGCGGCUGAGGCGGCGGAGUCCGGGGCGGAGGGGCUGUACGUGGCGGUGGAGCGGUGCCCGCUGUGCAACACCACCCGCCGCCGCCUCACCUGCGCCAAGUGCGUCCGAGGGGGCGACUUCGUCUUCUUCGACGGACGGGACUCGGAGCGGUUUUCUGAAAAGAAGGAGAGAUUAAAGCACCUUAGAAACAAGCAGCAUGAAUUCCAGUCCCAGUUAUUAAAAGCUAUGGAGGGGAAAUGGAUAACUGACCAGCUGAGGUGGAAAAUAAUGUCUUGCAAGAUGAGAAUUGAACAGCUGAAGCAAACCAUCUGCAAAGAAAACGAAGAGAUGGCAAAAAAUUCCGAGUGGCUCCUCAGAAUUAGGGAUGAGAACCAGAAGCUUUACCGCCGGGCCCAGCGCCACCAGGAAAAGAAGGAGAAGAUCCAGAGGCACAACCGCAAACUGGGAGAGCUGGUUGAGAAGAGGAACUGUGACUUGAGAAACCAGCAUGAGCAUCUGGCCAACCUUCGGCGGUCGCACAUCCUAGAAUUGACUUCAGUCAUCUUCCCUAUUGAGGAGGUGAAGAUUGGCAUGAGGGACCCUGCCGAUGUGUCCUCUGAGAGUGACAGCGCCAUGACAUCUAGCACUGUGAGCAAGUUGGCAGAAGCCAGGAGGACCACUUACCUGUCCGGGCGAUGGGUGUGUGAUGAUCACAAUGGAGACACCAGCAUCAGCAUCACAGGGCCUUGGAUAACCCUUCCCAGCAACGGAGAUUACUCAGCUUACUACAACUGGGUGGAAGAGAAGAAAACCACUCAAGGGCCUGACAUGGAGCAUAACAAUCCCGCCUACACCAUCAGUGCUGCUCUGUGUUAUGCAACUCAGCUGGUCAACAUUUUGUCACACAUACUCGAUGUGAACCUUCCCAAGAAGCUGUACAACAGUGAGUUCUGUGGAGAAAAUCUCAGCAGGAAGAAGUUCACAUGGGCAGUGAAGAAGCUGAAUGCCAAUAUCCUUUACCUUUGCUUUUCUCAGCAUGUAAAUUUAGACUUCCUGCACCCUCUGCAUACGCUCAGGAACCUGAUGUACUUGGUCAGCCCUGAGACCGAACAUUUGGGAAGAUCUGGUCCAUUUGAGGUCAGUGCCGACCUGGAGGACUCGAUGGAAUUUGUGGACCCAAGUGGUGCUGGCGAAACGGAUGAGAGUGGUGACGAACAUAUCAGCGACGAAGAGACGGACCUGGGGACGGACUGGGAGAAUCUUCCCAGCCCACGGUUCUGUGACAUCCCCUCCCAGACAGCGGAGAUGCUACAGAGUCAGGGCACGCAGGCCUCGCAGCCAAUUGCUGCUAGCAGCAGUGCUGGGGGUAUGAUCUCCUCUGCGGCGGCUUCGGUUACCUCCUGGUUCAAAGCAUACACUGGACACCGCUAAGGAACCAUUAGACUCCAUGAUCCACCAUCACUGUAGCUGACGUUUCCUAUUCAGUUAAGUAGUGCCUCGAACAACACAAGGAUCAGACUGCUAACUGCGUACUCCUAAAUUUCCCAAGCUUGACUAGAGCGGUAACAUUUUCUAAAGCCCUCCUGACCUACGUUUCAGACAUCAGAAAUGGGAUUUGGGAAACCUGUCUGUUUUGCCAAGGAGAGAAGCAGGAGAAUUGCGUCUGAAUUCUUGUUAUAUUUCUCGAUUUUUUUCUCCCUCAAAAAGGGAAGCAGACUUUGGAGCAUGUAACUUGGUAAUCAGUUUUGAAGCAUAAAGAUAUAGAAAGGGAACCAGUUUGAAAGUCAAGCCAAGGCAUUAAGCCCAUCCAUCCUCUCUGAUCAGAUUCCAAGGGGUUCUUGGGUUUCUUUCUUUUUAAAAUGUGUGAGUGCGUAUGCGUGUGUCUGACAAUGGACAGGAGAAAUUUUACAGCACAAAUGUACAUUUCAGGACCCUUCUAGAAAGCUGUACAAAUGACACAUUUUUAAAAGUGGUUUCUAAUCUCUGUUGCCAUAAUUUUAAUACAGCAGAUCAUCAUGGUUCUUCAGAACCAAUAGAUUUUUUAAAAAAGAAGAUGAUUGUUGGUAGGCUAUGCCUUUUGGUGUGUAUGCUGUUUCCAUCCCGUAACAGAUUUGUCUGAAUGUUUCUCAUGUGGAAAUACACACAGUUUGCAGACUACCCAGCAGACACCAAAGAGCAGCUGGGACAUAUUGCCAAGAGAGAAUGAUCCUAUUGCAGACAUCAGGAUGGUUGUUUAACAAAAACUCACGUGAUGAGGAGUUUCCUUGUUUGGUCACGUAUGUUCCCUGUCUUGUGUAUUUAUGGAAAGCCAGCUCUCCUUGGGUGGGAAUGUUCCCUUCCUUCCCACUCAGCCAGAAUGCCAAGCAGUCCUCUUCUUUCUCUUGUGUCCAUCCAGCUUGGCUAUUUCUCAGAUGUAGCACAGCAUACCUUGAACUUGAGGCCCUUUUUUCUAUGUAGCUCAGCUUGCUACUGUGGAUGUCCCUUCUUCUAGUUCUGUCUAAGCUUUGAUUUACAUUUUAGGCCCUGAAAUUUCAUGGGGCAGGGAGUUAGUUGUGGGACACUGCUUGGAGUAUGCUGGCCCUUCCCCAUGAAAUAUGCAGUGUGGGAAUAGUUCACCAAGGCACAUGCGUUUGGCAGCCAGCUUCUUGUCAUUUAUCCCAACGAAAAGGAUCCAGGCCUCAGUUUGUCACAUGGGUCAAAACUCCUCAUUGUCCAGUGACACAGUGCAGCAACGGCUCUCAUCAUGGAACAGUAAGGAGCGGCAUUGCAUGUGUGUUCUUGUUCAUGUGUGAUGCAAUCUUCACAUUUUCCUUGGUGGCCUCAAACCUUAGCUGUACACCUAUCAAUGCUGGUCUGAAAGAUCCCAUUGCCCCUUGUCCACUCCUCUUGGCAGCUAGUGUCUUGGCUGCUAUUCUGUCCAGAUGUCUGAUAUAACAUGUAGUGUUGUUGCAUGGAGAAUCAUUUCUGGGGGAGAUCUAUGUACUCCCAACAAGGAAGAAAAAAGCAAACAAAUCAGGGUUUUUAGGCUACCAUUCACAGAACUUCCCAGCCAGCAUUCUGUGGUGUUCUGUGGUUGUGAUCCACUAUCUCUCUAUAGAGAUACGCUACACCGGCACUAUGCAAUCUCUCUGCAGAAUAGCAACAUUGUGUAGCACAUGUCAAUGACUUGGUGCUGUUGGGCAACGUGCAACUGCAGUGCAGAGCCACAAUGCAAAACAUUGCCACAUGGGCAAGUCCACCUCUGAAACUGUCAGCAGAAUACGUCCAUUGUGCCAUGACAAACAAUUCACCCCAUGGGUGUAGUGUGACAUGCAUGUGUAUGACACUAACAGGAUGCAGCCUGUGAGUUGUGGUCCAGAAAAAAUGGUUUACUUUCCCCACAAUCUUUAUAAAAGCUUUCUUGAGGUAAAAAGCUUUUACCAUUGUCUGCCAGGGCCAGGGCCAGACAUAGUGGAAGGUGCUGUGGAAUCGCAUGUGGUGCAUACAGGAUGGAAAUUGUUUCUGGUGUGCUCUGAUGUUUCUCCCUGUGCCUGGAAUAGUUAUUUUGGAGGAAUGGGGGUGGGUUGCAUGAGGAUCUAAGUAACUGUUUGACAGGUUUACCCUAACAGUUGUGGGAAAGUAAAGGGAAGCGUCCAUCCUGUAGCUAAACCAAAGAUGCCUGUAUUUCUGUCUCCUGAUUUUUAACAUUUGGGUGCAGUUUCUCUAUCCCACAAAUGUUGGCAAGUGGCAUAGUCCAGGUCACAUCACUUUAGGCUCCUGUCAAGUUAGUCGCAAGAUGGAGGAAACAGAAAUGGCCAUAAUGUGGGAUUUAUCCCCAUGGAUAUUUGACCCCUUCAGAUUGCCCUGCAGGUCUCCCAUGCUCAAGAAUGCUGUGCAAGAAAGAUUCUUUUAAAAAUAGGCACUUUAUUAAUUGUGAAUGAGAUGGGGCUACUUCCAGAGCUUGGAAAAGGAACUCUUGCUACUGCAUAUUUCAGUUCAGAGCUGUUGGACUAGCCCAGUGCCCUCAUCUGUGUACAUAUUUUUAUGUGUUUCCCUUUCUUCCCACUCUCAUUAUGUAUUAAUCUUUCUGCUUCUUAUUUAUGAUUUGAGCAUACCAAGUAAACCCUUCCUAAUAUAAGCACGAGGAAGCCACGUUCCAGUUAAUCCCUGGUUAGCUGUGGCAGAUUUUUAAAUUCCAGCGUGCCAUCCACUCUCUCCGUUCUGCCUUUUCUAGUGAGGCCUCUUUUCUGCAGGUGUGUGGCAUUGAGCCAUAAUCCAAAGGUUCCCUCAGAGGAUUGGCAUAAGGUUGGUGGUGUUGCAUCUUUUGCGGAAAAUCUUUUCUAAUGACUGUUUAUUGGGCUGACCUUUUAAAUGUUUUUACACAGAGACAGAGCGCACUAUCUGAAGUGGCUGGGAGUCUGUUUAAAGUUGAUCUGCUCCUUGGUUGAAGAUAACCAGCAGAGAAUUUUGUGAGAUCUUUCAGGACUCUUUCACACAGCAGAAUUUAGUGCUGUGAUUCUGUUUGAAGCGCCAUGGCUGCGUCCUGUGAAAUCUUGGGUUUAUAGAUUGGUGAGACAUCAGAGAGUUCUGUGGCUGAGAAUUCAGAGUACCAAUUCCUAAACUGCAAAUUCCAGGAUUGCAUAGAAAGCAGCCACAGUAGUUAACAUGGAAUCAUAAUGCUGUUAACUGUGUAGUUAUGGUGAUGACCCUCAGUUCAAAGCCACAAAGAGAAGGCUGAGCACCUGCUGAGAAUCUUUGCCCUAAAAGUAAAAGCCCAAAGCGGAGUAUGUGCAAUGAGGGUCUCACCCUCUAGAAGAGUCCCACAAAAAGAAUUUGAGGAUCCCAGAUCGCUUCCUCUCUUGGUCUUGUGGUGCCACUUUCAAACCAGUAGAGUUCAAACAAAACAUGUGGGUGGUUGUUUUUUUAAAAAAAAAAAAAGGGGGGGGGACCCUUUAUUGUAUUACUGCAAUAAAUCUUUAACAAGA